CGCACAUCACUAAAAGUGUUUUGAUAAAAUCGUUGUUUUGUAAAUAACAAUUUGCUUUUGAUGUAACCACUGACCAUGGACACCGCCGCAGGCAUGGAGGACCUGGCCAGCGUAUCCUUCGCCGACUUCGAGCCAAAAGCCGCCGAGGGGGACGUGUCCUGCUACCAGAACUUCCGGCCACAGGCAAAACAUGACAUCUCCCUGGAGCUUUCGCUGGGCCAGAAGUCGGAGGAGAACCUGUUCGCCGCCGACCAGACGCCCACGCCCACGCGCCUGAUCAAGAACUGCGACGAGGUGGGCCUCUUUGAGGACCUGCAGCACGUGAAUCCCUUCGACAUUGGUUUCCAGCGUGCUGCGGAGCAGAAUGUCUGCGGCGGCACUCCCAGUCGCCCGGAGGCGCCUCCCCUGGACAGCGAAUCCCUGCACACACCGCAGGUGUAUCCGCUGGAGACCACGUCUGGCAACCCGGUCUCGAGGAGCGACAGCUGCAGCAACGUAGAUGUGGAGCAGCUGCUGGCCGCCACUGGAAAAACUCCACCUCUCGAAGUCUGUCCAGAGGGUCCACCGCCGCUGCAGUUGAUCCAGCCGCAGGUCAUCACCUGGGUGUUGCCCGCCCAAUCGUCUGCCCUUCCCGUGGCCACAGCGGACUCCCACAGGGGGAAACCCACUAUUCGUCCCUACAUACUGCCCAAGCCAAGUGCACCAGGAUCGGAUAGGGCCAAUAGAAGGCCGGAGCCCAUUCUGGUCACCUGUAACCCACCAGCGCCCGAGCCCAGCAGCGCAAGCCUGACGCCCACAUCACAACUGCCCAUUAAGGAGCGUUUAAAGGCCAUUCUGCACAGCAACAACGGCGCAAGGCGCAACUUCUCCACGCCGCCCAAGGCAGCUGGGAAACCCAAGGAUGGCAGUCGGGACGAGGACUGCAUGGAGCGACGGCGUGCAGCAGCCUGUCGUUACCGCAACAAGAUGCGAAACGAGCACAAGGAUCUGCGCAAACGAAAUGCCCAGCUGCAACAGGAGAACCUAGAGCUGCACGAGAGGAUUGCCCGGCUGGAAAAGGAACUCCAGCAGCAGAGAAGUCACAGCUUAGCUGGUGUUGUGGCCAACCAGCUUCAGAUUCCGCCAUCCAGCAUACACCUGCUCAUCAAUGUGCCCCACAUGAUAGUGCCUUCGUCUGCCAGUUUGGCUAAAAAGUAAUCAGGAUGCCCUGUUUAUUUAUUUGUUAUCCGGUGCCAUGUAAAUAACCCUAGCUUAGAUAUUUAAUUGUACAAAAAGGCCUUAAUUUCUGUUUGCUAAUACUUAAGAGAAAUUGCUUCUGCAUCCCCUAGUA